AUGCUUCGCGUACUCAGCGAGGCUCUCAACCGCCUUGCCCUCGCACCACAGGAACAGAAAGUGGCUGACUACCUCCGACACGCCACUCCAGACUCCGUCCUCAAGAACCUCCACACCGUCAUCGCACCAAACAUAAGACGGAUCAAUAAUGCAUGGACGACCUUUGAGGCCUCCUGCAUCGAGGACGAAGCCGACCGGCAACAUUAUUGGACAAAAGAAAGUCUCAAGAAACAUAUUGCGGCUGCACAUCCCAAUGUGUCAUUUUCCAAUGAGGCGAUCGAUUUACUCUGGAGAAUCUUCUAUUUCUAUGCCUGUCACCCAUUUCCUCACUACGUCACCGACGCGAGCAAGAUUGAUUUCAAUGGGUUCCAACGUGCGGUGACACUCCUGGCCCAUGACGCUACAGAUUACCUGGGCACCCAAGAAGAUGGCGAUUAUUACUGGCGGUUCGACGAGAUGUUCUUCCAGAAAGCUAGCUUCUUGCGGAUGCUGAGGAGUAUUGGUCAUCUCGAGGAAUCUGGGCUGGAAGAGGCUGUAGUGGAUGAUGUGAUGGAUGUUCUGGCUAUUACUCAGCCACAAGCAAUGAAAUUGAUGCCAUCUCCUGAUAAGCUCCGGCGUGCUGCGCGGGAGCUGCUCGAUUCGGGGAAGACGCCUAUGGGGUGUCGGGUUACUCGGAGGGAUCUGUCUACUUUACUGCUUUUGGUGCUGAGGAUGAGGUUAGCGAGGGAGAAGUGGGGGCAUGGGGAUCAUUAUGGGACUAUUGGGGAGGUUCAUUUGGGUGAUGAGCAGUUGGCUGAGGCUCUGGUCGGUGGGUUGGUUGGGGAUAAGAAUGAUCUAGGAGUUGAUGAUCUUCUCCGAGUGCAGGAUGUCUUGCCAAACCUGAUUCUAGGAUUCCACCAGCUCUGGAAGGUGCUUUUUCAGCCACCACCAAACACUCCGAUUCAAGAGACAGCAGGUAGUGCUCUGCCACCGCGUAUCCUGUCGGCUAUUUCGCUCUUCGUUUCUCACUCUUUGCGGCCUGCUCACUGCCGCCCCGCAUCACAAGAUACCCGUAUCGCCCUGCAAAAGUCCGAGCAAACAAUUGACAUGACAGCGUCAUCUCUCGUCAAAGCACUUCAACGGAACCCUCGCCCAAAGGUUAUCCUAGCUACCGACAAUGGCGAGUCAAUGUCUCCUGCUACAGUGGUGGGUGUCUUUAUCCCUAGCCUGCUAUACGGUGAGGGCGAGGAUCAACCACGGGCCGGUACCUCGCAUCUCUUGUUUCAACUCCUGCCAGAAUUCCGCCUUCUUCGAUGGACAGAGACCCAUACACCCCUGGUGGAGUUUAUCAAGGGAGGGAUAGAUGAGGGGACACCGUCUCUACAAGCUAUAGAAGCGGGUGCCUGUGGCAUGAGUCCCUACAGCAUAGGAGAUCCACAAGGGAGCAGUGGGGCGAUUCAAAUCGAUCCUACAACAAAAUCGAUCACGUUCAGCAGGACGGCAGGUGCUAACAGGGAGAAUAUGGGAUAUCAGGACAUGUGUAUUGCCGACAAGGCUCAGUGUGAGGUUCUUAUUGAGUCAGGGACGGUAGAUGUUUAUGGUGGGCUAUUCAACUCGGUUUAA